CCGGAACCCGGGGAUCCGCCAUCCAGCACAACCGCUCUGCCAACCUGGUCCCGCGAGAACCGGGAGUUCUCGCGAUACAGACCCACUAGCAUCUCGCGGGCGUGCUCUGGAACCAACAUGGCGGCGGCAAGGGGAGGGGAAAAAAAAAUCACUACUUCGGGGCUUUGAGAAGUGUGCUUCGGUCUUGGACGGGAGGACGGCGGACGGACGGGAGGAGGGGCAAGCCUUCCCCGCCCCGUGCGUCUCCCCCGAGUCCCCCGUGCGGAAGGAGCAGGGCCGGAAGACGCAUGGAGCCCUCCGCCGGCCGAAGAGCCACACACAAACCCGAGCUCGACCUCAGCCGGCCUCGCCGCGGGUCACGUGAGCGUCACGUGGGCCGCGCUGCACGCGCCCGGCGCCUCCGCGGGCCUCCCCGCCCCCUCCGCCGCGCACGCACGCGCGCGCCCGGCCCACGUGGGGGCGCCGCCGCCUCAGCCACCCCCCUCCCGGCGCCCGUCCGAGGGGCUCCGGCCCCUCGCGUUUCAGUCGCGCUCUCCCCGGGUCUCCCUCCUCACUCCGGCCGGCCCCGCCACGCGCUACGGGAGCCCACUCACCUCUCGCGCCGGGCCCGGCCACUCGGAGAGGCGCCGCCCGCGUGGCCGCCCUCGGCCCCCGCCGCGCACUGGUUCGAGCGCCCUCCGCCGCAGGAAGCUCCACAGCGGCGCCGCGGCGCUUCCAGGCAAAGUCUUGCAAUUGGGUGUCGCUGCACGAACCUGUAGUUCCAGCACUUAGGAGACAGGAGUGGGAGGAACACCAUGAGUCCAAG